GUUAAUGACCAUAAACCGGGAAGUCUCUCUUUGGCUUUCCCACUCAAGUUCCCUUCAAACUACAAGAAACUUUAUCGAUAUGGAGGCAAGAUCGAACACUUCCAGAAACGAUCUUAUUUGUCUCCGUAUGCAGAUGCCAGAGGGCUCAAGGCUGGUUCAAAGGAGUUUGAUAAGAGGGCAAUUGCUAUUAUGCAUGAGCUGCUUAGUUUUACCAUUGAGAAGAGAUUGGUUACAGAUCACCUAACCCAUUUUCGAGGAGAGUUUGUGAUGCCACAAAAACUGAUGAGGCUUUUUCUGAAGCAUUUUGGUAUUUUUUAUGUCUCGGAGCGAGGAAAGAGGUUUAGUGUCUUCUUGACAGAAGCUUAUGAAGGUUCAGAGCUGAUCGAGAAAUGUCCUCUAGUCCUUUGGAAGGAAAAACUCCUUAGCCUAACCGGUUACAGGGGAAGCAAAAAGAAGAUUCCUACUUUUGAUGACAUAUCUGAGAUGGAAGUUCAGAACUUGUUUGAUAGUGAUUCCGAUAACCAAAAAAUGCAGGUGAAGCGUGAACAAAGGGGUAUGGUAGAUGGUCUAGACGAUACUUUACUGAUAGACAUUGACGAAAUGGACAGCGAAGAGUUUUUGUCUUCGAAAAGAAACUAAUCCUUCUGAGUUUGUAAGGUCGAGGAAUGUAACUUAUUUGUGAAAAUGUCAUAUGUAUACGCGAUAUAUAUAUUUUUUAAUAAUAAUUUAACUGAUAAAUAAAA